CUAGUUUCGGUUUAACCGCCGGCAUGUUAAGACGUGUUUGAACGUGUUGAACGUGUUCAGACCGGUGAUUUUUGGAAGUUGCCUUUGGAACCUACCAAGGCCCUACUCAUUCAUACCUAUUCUCUUACAUUUCCAAAUUCGUCAAAGCGUGAGAUAUUCUAUCUAAAUUCAUCUUUUGCUAUCUCUCACAUAUACGAUGGAAGCAUUUAUCUGUGCAAUGGCAUAGGGCCACUUAAGAGUGCGCUCAGCAAUAAUUGAAGUCUGAAGGCUUAAUAUCUCGUAGCGGAGACUUUGGAAACUACACUUUAGCAAAUCAGCUGAUCUACCGCGAGGACCGAACGUGAGUGUAUUUUACCUUGCGUAUGUACAAUGUGUGAUACAUAUUAUAAUAAUUUGUGUUAAACUGACAAGAAAAGAAUUCAUUAAGGAAUUAUUAAGUAUUUUUUGAAUAAGUAAAUCAAAGGUGUUUAAACAUGCCAUGCUGGUACUAUGAAAAGAAAGAACUACGAAACACACCAUCCAUUCAGGAUGGUAUCGAUUACGAGACAGAAUGUAGAUACAGGAAAGAAGGCGCACGUUUCAUAAUCGACACCGGUACAAAAAUGGAUUUAGGUUAUAAUACAAUGGCAACGGGUGUCGUUUACUUUCAUCGAUUUUAUAUGUUCCACUCGUUUAAGAAUUUCCCGCGAUACGUAACAGCUUGCUGCUGUUUGCUCUUGGCUGGUAAAGUUGAAGAAACUCCAAAGAAAUGUAAAGAUAUUAUACGAACUGCUAAGACUUUAGUAUCUGAACAAAAAUUUAUGACAUUUGGAGAAGAUCCUAAAGAAGAAGUUUUAACACUGGAAAAAAUUUUAUUGCAAACUAUUAAAUUUGAUCUACAAGUGGAGCAUCCAUAUAGCUAUUUAUUGAAAUAUGCAAAGUGUCUUAAAGGUGAUAAAAAUAAGUUACAAAAAAUGGUACAAAUGGCUUGGACAUUUGUUAAUGAUAGCUUAUGUACUACCCUGUCACUACAAUGGGAACCAGAAAUCAUAGCUGUUGCUCUAAUGUACUUAGCUGGAAAGUUAAGCAAGUUUGAAGUAUUAGACUGGGCUGGAAGACAGCCAAAACACUUGCGUUGGUGGGAUAUGUUUGUUGAAGAUGUGACUAUGGAUCUUUUAGAAGAUAUUUGUCAUCAAGUAUUGGACUUAUAUUCACAAGCAAAUAAUACAAAGCCACCCGAUUCACCACCUAUAAUACCGUCUAGUGAAGUGUGUAGAGAACGACCCAGUGCUGUUACUAAUGUAGAAUCUGCAUCUAAUACACCAAAUGUGACUCCUGGAAAAUCUUCCAAGAUCGAAACACCAGUGGUUUCUGCAAAUGGCUGCCCACCAGCAGAUAUUACAGAUACAAUAAAACCAAUGGACGUCCCAGCGACGCAUUUUCCCACCUACCCGGCAAAUUUCGCGGCAUCUAACAAUACAAAUUAUCCGGCAGCGUUCCCGCCUGCGAACGUUUCGGUUCCACCACCUCCUGUCAACACAAUGAACCAUAUCGUACCGACGAUGCACCAUAUUGGAUCUUCCGCUGCUAUUCGUCCCACACCAUCGUCGGUACCGACUACGAACCAGCCGCCAUUUCAGCCGUAUUCUUAUCCAACAAACACACCGUAUUUUUCAGCAAAUAAUCCAAUUCCACCAUCUGCCGCGCCACCACGCAAUUAUUACCCGCCGCAACCAUAACGGAAGGCAAUGUGUUGUGCGUACGAUAUAAACUGUAUUUACAUGGACAUUGUUAUCUUAAGUAAAGAUAAACUUAUUAAAAUAUUAAAAAUCCUAUUAGUGUAAAUUUUGUACAGACAUACGUCGUACUUUUAUAUUUGCUGUUGUUAGCAAUGGUUGUUAGCAAAUCUUGCUUUUUUCUACUAUUAUAACAACCAUUCUCUCUUUCUUUUCUAGCAAAUAUCACCAAUAUAUUUAUCAGAACAAAAAGAAUUAUAACUCGAUUCGGUUUACGUCUGGUUAAUUCAGAAAUUAUUUUCAUAGGAAAAUAAAAUGACAUAUCACAUGUAAAGAUUUCCUUUACUAAAAAAGUUCUCUGCAAAUUUGAAGCGUUGUAAUUUGCCAGGUAUUUCACUGUUUAGAAUCUUCACAAUUGGUUCUGCACACUUUGAAUCUAAUACAAAACCAUCAAUGUACAAUAUAUAUAAUUUAGCUGACAUGUUUAUGAACUCAGCGUAAGAUAAAACUGAAAUAGAUGAUAAAUUUUGAUUUA